AUGGGUUGGUUUGAUGGACCUUCGUCUAAAGUCUCAGCCUCGUCGAAUGGCUUCACACGCCGACACACGAGCUCACGCGCAAGCUCACGCUCACGCACGGGCUCACCGUCUCGCAGAUCAGGCUACUCAACCUACCAUAAAGGACACUCGGCGCCGUCAAUCUUCAGCCUAGGCCGUGGAGGAGGUCGCUCCAGUCCAUCGGUUUUUUCGACCUUUUCGUCCUCAUCACGUCGGGCCCGGCCUCGUGAGGGAUUUGUGCAGCGCAUGAUCCGCGCGAUCAAGAAAUUGUUCCGUGAUAUCUACCGCUACGCCCGCGAGCAUCCUAUGAAAGUGCUCAUGCUCGUCGUCCUCCCCCUUCUCACGAGCGGUGUCUUGCCAAAAUUGUUAGCGAUGAUUGGCAUCCGAUUGCCACAUGGAGUCAUGGGAGCUCUCGGAGGAUCCUCUGGGGCCCGUGGAAUGGGGGGAAUGGAGAGCAAGGGAUUGUCGGAAAGCGUCAAUUCGCUGAUGAGCCUGGCCAAAAUGUUCGCCUAG